AUGCAGAUUGACUCUCUAAUCGAGUUUACGAACUUCAAGUGCGUAUCCAUGAACAAGGACGUGGUAGAUUUCGAAUAUUGCUCAUUUAAAUCAGUUAAUCGCACUUAUCAAUACAUCUCCACCAAGGUAAAGGUGUUUAAAGUAUCCCUGAACAGCAUAAAGGUUAAUUUUGGCUUGCACCAACAAAUCAAUGGGUAUCAGCCCUUUCUAUACAACGUUACCUUUGACGGUUGUCAGUUCAUAAAGAACACAAAGUCCAAUGCAGUGGCGAAAUACUUUUACGAUUUCAUUAAAGACAUCACAAACUUGAAUCACACCUGUCCCAUCAACCACGACGUCAUUGUGGAUAAGCUUUCCUCUGAGGCCAUUAAUUCCAGGGUACCAAAAGUGCUGCCUUUUCCCACGGGGAACUACAUGUUUCAGACCUAUUGGACUGCCAAUGACAAGUACCACGCGGUAACAAAGAUAUAUUUUUGCCUGUUGUAA